AUGGAGAUAACCUUUCCUAUGACAGAUAAUAACCAAAAUCAACAUACAAAAAAUGACAUCAUACUUCAACAUCAAUUGUAUUCCAGCAUUGCGACGCCAAUUUCAAAUCCAGAAUGCCUUUGCAUUAACUGUACACAAAAACACAAGGUUCACACUGCAAACCACCUAACGAUCAAUGAAACGUGUUCUCAAACGGUCAAGUAUACAUCUCGUAGAACUCA